AUGAAAGUGGAGAAUAAUGAUUUGGAAGAGCAACCUAUUAAAUUGGAGCCAGAAGAUUACUCUAUGGAACCCGUUUCUAGGUCUUUCAAUAAUGGAGUUCUCGGCCUUGGACUCCUAACUAGUCUAUUCCCUGGCCCCAGAGAAAAUUUAGAAAGAAGGUUCGUGAUCAAAGAAUACCAAAGGGAGCUAGAGUACCAAGAAUUAGUUCUAGAGGCAAUAGAAUCAGGAGAUGAAUUAGGAGAUCAGAACGAAAUGGAAUCAGAAGAUGAUAAAGAAAAUGCUGACCCGGAAACAGAAGGUGAAAAAAAUAAAAAAAUCUGGCAAGAUUGUAAUGAUGACGAUAAAACCAUAGCAACCCAAGAAGGAGAAGAUGGAUGCCACAAAGUACAAAAUGAAAGAGAAGUAUUUAUGGUGAAAGUAGAAGAUGAAGAAGGGCAGAAAGGAUAUAUAAAAAUAGAAGACGUCUUACCUGAACCCGUCUCUAACGAAGUCAACAGCCAAGUCUGGACCCAAAAUAUGACCCCACUGUACUUCAAGAUGUCUAGUGAAUACCAUAAUGCGUUAAGCUUUCUCCACCUGAAUCGAUACUAUGGAAAGACUUUCCACUUGUAUUCACACCCAAUUGAGCUUGAACACUUCACCUUGGAAGUGAUAAACUGA